CCUGUGCCGGGACUCGUUUCCGGCGGAGGAAUCCCGCUUGAGCAGCUCCUCUGCCUCUGCCGCCGGUGCUGCGGCCCCAUCUUGGCUCCGCUUAGGGGCGGGGGGUGGGUGGCGGAGGCGGCUCCGCAGCCGGCACCAUGGACGAGGCCUACGACGUGAUCGUGCUGGGCACCGGCCUAACCGAAUGUAUCCUUUCAGGCAUCAUGUCUGUGAAUGGCAAGAAGGUCUUGCACAUGGACCGGAAUCCAUACUAUGGGGGUGAGAGUUCAUCAAUUACUCCCUUGGAAGAGCUCUACAAGCGCUUUGGUAUUGCUGAUGGUCCACCUGAAUCCAUGGGGCGUGGCCGGGAUUGGAAUGUUGAUCUUAUCCCCAAAUUUCUCAUGGCCAAUGGCCAGCUGGUGAAGAUGUUGCUCUAUACAGAAGUGACACGUUAUCUUGACUUCAAAGUGGUGGAGGGAAGCUUCGUCUACAAGGCAGGAAAGAUCUACAAGGUGCCGUCAACAGAGACAGAGGCACUAGCAUCUAAUCUCAUGGGCAUGUUUGAGAAACGGCGCUUCCGCAAGUUCCUGGUGUUUGUGGCAAAUUUUGAUGAGAAUGACUCAAAGACACUGGAAGGUGUGGACCCUCACAGCACUACUAUGCGUGAAGUCUAUCGGCGCUUUGACUUGGGCCAGGAUGUCAUUGACUUCACAGGACACGCACUGGCGCUCUAUCGCACUGAUGAUUACUUGGAUCAGCCCUGCUUGGAGACCAUCAAUCGCAUCAAACUGUACAGCGAAUCCCUGGCCCGCUAUGGGAAGAGCCCCUACCUGUACCCACUUUAUGGUCUGGGUGAGCUUCCCCAGGGCUUUGCCAGGCUCAGCGCUAUCUAUGGUGGCACUUACAUGCUCAACAAGCCAGUGGAUGAGAUUGUCAUGGAAGGUGGCAAGGUCAUUGGGGUCAAAUCGGAAGGAGAGAUGGCACGGUGCAAACAGCUGAUCUGUGACCCCAGCUAUGUGCCAGAUCGAGUGCGUCCAGCAGGAAAGGUUGUGCGUGUCAUCUGCAUUCUCAGCCACCCUAUCCGUGGCACCAGUGACGCCAACUCCUGUCAAAUCAUCAUCCCCCAGAACCAAGUGGGGCGCAAGUCUGAUAUUUAUGUUUGCCUCAUCUCAUCUGCCCACAAUGUGGCUGCCCAGGGCAAGUACAUUGCUAUUGCCAGCACUACGGUGGAGACAGAUUCUCCUGAGAAUGAAGUACAGCCUGCCCUUGAACUGCUUGAACCCAUUGACCAAAAGUUUGUGGCCAUCAGUGACAUUUAUGAGCCUACUGACGAUGGAACUGAAAGUCAGAUAUUCUGCUCACGAUCAUAUGAUGCUACAACCCAUUUUGAGACAACAUGCGAUGACAUCAAAGACAUUUACCGGCGCAUGGCAGGGGCUCCGUUUGACUUUGAAAGCAUGAAGCGGCGCCAGAAUGAUGUCUUUGGCGAGGAUGAGCAGUGACCAUGCCCGUUCCCUUCCUAUCCCUCUCCUUCCUGGGUUUUCCCCAUGCAAGGGACCAUCUUCCCACUAGGGACUGGCUUUACCCCACACCCUGCCUGAGACUGGCUCUUCCUCCAAAUCCUCGUUGAGCUGGGCCAGAUUUCUCAUAACUGGGAUCAGUCCACUUAAACCACAAAGAGAAAACACAUUUUUAGAUUACUAUGCUGACCUCUAUUUUUCUGCCUCAAAGGACAAGCUUACCAUUUUCAAGACUAGCUGGACCAAAGUGGGGG